AUGGCAAUCUUAAAUCCGACUUUCUUUUUUGGCGUAGUCGUCCUCCUAUACCUCUCGUCCUUUGUCGUGUUCGCUGUAAUUCGUAUCGUAACCGGUGUAUCUAUACAACGACUUGGAUACAUCUCGCUCCGCCGACUGGCUUAUACCCCUAAAGAUGGCAUCAAAAUCGAGAUCCGAGGCCUGGGUCUUAACGUCCACCGUCCGACUUUCUCCCAACCGACUUGGCUCAGCAUCGUCGUGAGCGAACUCGCCGUAACCGUGGAUAUUAAGGCACUUGAAAGACAGAAGCACACCGGGGUUGACGUUAGCGAAAGCGAGGGUGAAGAAGAUGGUGGUAAAGGACUAAAGCCAUCCCCCACCACGAAAGCUCUACCCAAGAAACCCCUUUCUAGGCAAGCUGCUUUUGAGGCUGCUCGUAGUGCCACUUGGAAACAGCUCACAAAGAUCAAGGACCGCGUGAAGAAGCUCCACCGAAAUGUCAGAUGGCUUCGUAUGGUUGAUGUUAUGGCCACAGACUCCACGCUUAACGUCGUGGAUGUUGGGAAAAUACAAUUUGGUAGCUUCACAAUUGGCUUGGAUACUCGAAAUCGAAUGGUGGACCGCGCACGUUUCUUCUUCCAGCCGAGAUCCGACCAGCAACGCCAACAACAUUCCGCUGAAUGGAUCGUUACACUGCGAAGUAUCCUGUUCACAGCCAAGGGAUCCGAGGCUAUUGAGAUUUUGGACAGUGCUACGCUGAACAUCCAUGGAUUCCUCUACGAGAAUUUGGAUGGUUUACGGGAUGCAGCCAUCGCACUGAAAUUGGGGAGAUUGCAUAUUCCCUACGACGAUGUACGAAGCUGUAUUGAGCGUUUUCAGAAAUUCAAGCGCCAAAACUCGAAUACGUACACUCAAGCUGAGUCGAUCGAGGUUUCGGUUGACAAGGUGUUGCAAGAAAUCGAUCAGCCAGGUAGUACGGAUCAAGAGUUAAUACAAACGGUGUCCGACUCUAAAGAGUUCGUGAGCUCCAUACUUCGGGGAAUUAAGGAGGUCCAAUUUGCAGUGAGCUUCGUCAGUCUCACAAAGAAGGUAGAUGUUGUGAAAUCAGCUGGCUCGCCUUUGUUGCUGAAUGCGUCCAUGAAGGAGGUCGGUAUAGACUUGCAUCGCUUAGAUCCCAAGUCCCCGGCACAUCGCAUGUACUUUCCUUCAAAGGACAUUGCUCACGAAGCCUUGGCCGCGGCCCUAUCAAUCUCUGUUGGACUUGAUGAUGGUAAUGGCAGACCAGAAAGGAUAGUGUAUAUUCCUAUGGCUACUACCACUGUAAAGACGACACUACCCUCGAAGACUGUAGAGCUCUCUGACGCUGGAAGCCCCGAAGAACGAAAUGCCAACAUUCUCUUUGCGAACUCUGUCGUUACUUCACCUUCGGUGGAUCUCUACCCAAAGCAUCUCCCCGUACUUCUUGCUCUUCUCCAGCCCCGACCGAAGGUGCCAAAAGCGCGACCGCAGCAGAGACACAUGCUCAUUUCUCGUUUAUUGCCAAAGGCUAAUAUCAAGUUUUCUAUGCAUGAGCCUGUGUUAAGGAUAGCUUUACCUCCAGUGGAAAAGACGAAUGAUCCGGAUGAUUUCGACUUGAUUAUCUCGUCUAUUUCCUCGAUCUCGCUUGACCUCGAGUCUUUUCAUUCUGCAGUUGAAGACUUACACUACUCUUUAGUAUCGUCUUUCCGACUUCAAACUCAUCAUCUUUAUUACCAGACCACUCAGGGCAGUCGCUUUGACCUAAUCGAGACAGAGUCGUUCGACCUCAAGGUCCAAUUGUCGGCGACUCCUGAUGUUCAUGUAAUCGCCAACGGCCAGGUCCAGACGUUUUCGAUUCGCAUGACAAGGCCAGAGAUAACUGAGGGUCUGCGCCAAAUUGUUCGGCAGCUCAAGCCAGAUGUUGAGCCUGACAAAAGAGCAGGGUCAAAGACGCAGAGAUCUCGGAACAUUGUUCGUUCCUUACCAUCGUGGCUACUUCAUUUCUCAGUACAGGUCGAAGACUUCAGUGCAGAGAUUACGGGCGUCGAUGAAGACUUCCCCGGAAUUACUCGAGGCGUCGUGCUGCAGGUAGAAUCGUGGUCUACAGAGUAUCGGGCUCAUAGAUUAGAUUCGUUACGGAACAGGCCAGCAUCUCGAAGACGUACGGCUAGCCGAUCUUUCCUACCCGAUGCAGAUUUCUUGAACUCAAUUGCUGUACCGCAAUCUCCACGCAAAAAGCAGCAGGUUGAGGGUGAUGGACGGAGAUUCACUCUCCAUACGCGGAAUUUGGAGGCUUACAUAGUUGAGGCGCCUGAGAAAUGGGAAGCCGAGCCGUUCGUUCAAAUGCCCCGCUUCGAAGUGGCACUCUCGACACAUAGUGAUGCUCAGGGUCCUAUCCUUCACGUACACUCCCAUAUGAAGACCCUGCUUAUCCAUUAUUCGCUGUAUCGACACUAUUCCCUAGGAGUGGCUGUCAUGGUCUUGCGAAAUGCAUUCGCAAGGGGACCAGGAGCGGGAUUGCCGCCCCAAACACCAGCAAGUCCGACAACAGGAUACUUAAGUCCUCCACUGGUAUCGCCCGACUCUCCCAUUGCUGAUCAAAUGAACAAGUUCCCGAUGUACGUAAAGGAGCUUGUUUCAUAUGACUUUAAAGCCUCGCUUAUCCAAGUUAAGGCUGAGAUGCCUUCUGAUCCCCCCUUGAUGAUGCAGAUAUAUGGCGUGGAAGCUGGCCGGCACAGGUGGUCGCCUCCCUUUUUCUUUUCGAAAUUGGUCCGACUAUAUGCGGGUGCGCCUCGGAUGCGAGGUGUUUGGGCACGCGUUGCAAGCAUUAAGAGCAUCCGCUUAGACUACCGGCAGUCGCGCAGGAAAAUGUCAACAGGUGGUUUUCAGGACGACAAAAUGUUUGAUAUAGUGGCUGAGGCUAUGCGUCUGGCGGUACCUCAUGAACUUAUUGUCAGCGAAAUAUCCGAUAAUAUUAUCAAUGUUAUCAAAGCGAGCGAACAGCUACAUCACCGCUUUAAGACCGGUACAAACGAAUAUAUCCUGGACAAGGCACCAGAAGGCCCGAAGAACGUUCCGAAAGUCUCGUUAAGAACUCGUACCCUUUUGUUUGAGCUUGAAGAUGGUGCUUUCGAAUGGAAGCUAGGCAUGAUCUACAGGGCUGGGCGUGUUGAGCAAUUGCAACGACUUGCCCGCGAGGAAGCUUAUCGAGUUAAAGUGAAAAAGAUCCACGAGGAAGAAAUGAGGAAAGAAUCGGACCGGAUCAGGAAUCGAUCGGUGAUGACAAGAGGACGAACCGCAGCUUCAAAUACUUCUUUUGGAAGAAGUAAGAGUGAAGAUUGCCUCGCACAAUUUGGCCGUGGAGAGCGAUCAUCCAGUGAAGCACCGAGGAGCAGGAACCCUCGAUAUGAUCCGGAAACGAUUCGUGGCAUGAGUGGUAGCGCGCAUGUCUCGAUCCAGGAAGCUAGAACUAAGCUCCAUCAGCAUAACGCUCAGAGCUGGAAGAGACGUAUCGAUCGACAGUAUACGAUGGCGAGAAAUAGUACGAAGGAAUUACGCGGCUUAUUCUGGGGUCUUGACCAGGUUCCCGACGAUAUCGAGGACAACGAGAAAAUCCUUGGUGUACCUGAACGACCGGCAUUGAUGGCAGCAUUGGUAACAGAUUUGCAAAUAGUGAUUGACAAGCCAUCAUUUCCAAUUCACAAGCUGCCUGACUUUCUACAUGAGGUCGGAAAAGGAAUGCCUAAGGACAUGAAAUAUUCUCUCCUUGUGCCUAUGAAUGUCCAGAUCAAUAUGGGCGAGGCAAGAAUUAACCUUCGGGACUAUCCUCUCCCCUUACUUCAUGUUCCUGCUACCAAGCCCGGCCAGUCAUCGAGGCUUGCAGCUUUGGCACUCAAGACAGAUUUUGUUAUCGCAGAAGAAUUCCACGGCAACGAAUCAUCCCGUAGAAUCAGAGUCCAGAUUACCCCGCCGGAGAGCUCAGAGCCAGGAAAACCGAAUGGGAGCUUCGCCAUAGAUGUUCGUCGCACCGUUGGACCUGUGAAGUCCUAUUCCGACAUGUACGUUGACAUCAACACGGCAUUACCUACCAGGAUUACCUGGUGCCCUUCGUAUCAACCAGCGAUUCAAGAUAUGAUGAUGGCCAUUGAGUCGUUCACCAAGCCCCAGUUAGACCCCUCGGAACGGGUAGGAUUUUGGGAUAAGAUCAGACUCAAUUUCCAUUCUCGAGUUCGAAUCGCGUGGAAGGAGGAUGGCGAUGUUCACCUUGCUUUGAAGGGCACUAGAGAUCCUUAUGACGUUAUAGGCAAUGGCGCAGGGUUCUUAAUGUGUUGGAGAAACAAUGUCAGAUGGAAUGUCCAUACUGAAGACGACCCAAAAAAAUUCAUGGCUGUUGAUAGUGGCGAAUUUGUUCUUGCCAUACCUGACUACAGCCACCAGGCCAGAGAGGCGUCACGUCAAGUCGGGGAAGACGAGAGUCUGUCAAGUGAGAGCAGCUUCAAGUCCGGUGCUUCAUUCAAGAAGGUGAUCAUGAAAGUCUCUGGCAACGUCCAAUGGUUGGCUGGGUUGGUCUUUGAACAGGCUAUCGAAAAUGGAAAGCGCAAUUUCGAGUUUAAGCCGCAUUACGAGGUUGUUUUGAAGGCUCCGCAGCACGCCAAAUCUGAAGACAGUUCUCUCCCGUACGACGCCUUCCGUGGAUUCCGAAGCGAGCACAUACAUCUCUCCAUUGCAAUCAGAGCACCGGUCGACCGAGAUUGGGCGUCGUCAGAGAUCCAGCCGUCUAAGAGUUAUAACGCGGUACAUCUGACGCCUCGAUUUUUCACUCAUUUCUUUGCUUGGUGGUCUCUAUUCAGCGGUCCAAUGUCGCUUCCCAUCCGCCAGGGUUCUCUAUGGCCUGGGAGAGAAAAGAACAGCAAGAAAUUCGGAAGGCAUUUGGGUACAAUCAAGUACAACCUCCUCUUGGCCCCCUUGUUCCUCAGUCACAUAUACAAGCAUAAAGAUGCCGAAGACUAUACCGAGAACUCCGUUUCAGCUACAGGUAUCAAGGUUAGGUUUGACAACUUCAUGCUCGAUAUUCACCAGCGCCGAGAAGAAUUCAAUACUCGCGAUCGAGGUCAUAAGACAAAUGGUAGAACCACCGGCAUGAAAAUUCACGCGGCUCAGCUUGAUCUUGUGUCCGCAGAUGUUCGUGCUGUCUCUGCUAGUAUCAAAGGUACGACGACCGAGGCCAUCAAGAAGAAUUCAAUCUCGACGUUGAUGACCCAGCAUGAUGAAGACGGUACAGAUCUCUCCCAUUUCACUAUUCCUGAUAACGAUUUUAGCUGGAUCGACAUGGAUGAUUUUGUCGAACUCGACUGGAUCCUACCCUCAGAGUCAAAUCCGGAUACGAAGAUUCUGCCGCUUGCAUAUGCUCCUCGUGUCACGUAUUUCAGACAGACGGAUAUCGGCGGCAUCAUAGAUGGAGACCCAGAUCGCACAAGUCCUUUCGGACACGAACCUACCCAUUUCUGUAUAAUGAGUCAGGACGAUGAUCCUAGGAGGGUCCAAUUCCAGUUGAUUCAGUCUCGAUUGGAGCAGCUAAAGGCUCAGAUAGCUGCUAACGCCCGCAAUGUCGGCGAUGCUGAAUUGCGCAUGAUCCGUGAUGACGGCAACGAUCCGGAGCUUAAGGCUGAAUUCGAGACGCUAAGUAGGCAUACAAACGUCUUGAAAGAAAAAUAUGUGUUCAUGGAAGAUAUGCUACAGCAAGUGGCAACCAAGACGUCGGCUGAUAGCGAAGACACUCCUGAGGAUUUUGAGUCUACGAGCCACGAAUCUCGUGAAUGGAUCGAUAUAGGAGAUGAAAAAGUCAAGAUACCGUCAGGAACGGACUUUGCGAGCGACUUCAAGAACAGGUUUGUUGUCCACAACGUCCAACUGAAGUGGAACAACCUACUGCGAAACAUCAUUCUCCGAUAUAGUCACCAAGUAAGCCAACGGCGCGGCUUCGUCUAUUACUUAUCCCGACCGGCGGUUAAAUUUAUCCUGGAUAUUGUAGAAGAGCAGACCAGGGCUAAGCAAAACAGCAAGUCCGCUAACGCGCCUAAUAAUGAUGCACGCAAUCCUUCGGCCGCAAAUGGUAGCAGUCAGUCUAGUGAAGCUGACCCGGAUAUCGAAUAUCGUAUCAAACAAAUCCUCAGGGAUGGCAGAAAAUAUGUUGACGCCGAUGGAUACUCUUCAACUGAAGGCCCUACGAAUGUAAAUAUGGAGGAUAUUACUAGUGGUAUAGCAGACGAGUUCGCUCCUCAAAACUCAUACCAUGUUCGCCUUAUCGCGCCGCAAAUACAGCUCCAAAGCGACAAGAACAAGAAACACGUGGUUCUAAUUACCGGAAAGGGAAUGGAACUGAAGGUAGUCGAGGUUAUGGAAAAGGCAAGACUGUCUGAUCAGGUCAGCGGAUUGGUCCAGCGACGUUUCUUGCUCAAGAUGGAUAGUGCACAGUUCUUUGUGACGCAUCAGAAGUGGUUCUCGGGUCAACUACUGUCGAUGUAUUCGGGCAACACAUACGGAACACCUGCUGGGGCCUCAUGGCCUCCUUGGGUGCCUAUGGAAGUCAUGUACGAUUUCCAGUCGGAUCCGUUUGGCUUCAAACGAGUUGUACAAGAGACAUCGGCCAUACUGAGGUACGAUAAGUUCAACACCCUUCGGUUAAAGUACAAUGACGAAGUCAAUACCGAAUCCAACCCUCUAUCGACAGAGAGCACUGAGAGCAGAAUGGAUAGUCUCUGGGUCGACUUCCCUCAAGCCAGGGCCCUUUGCAAUUCGUCGCAAUACUAUGCCAUGUACGUCAUCGUGCUUGACCUCCUGCUAUACAGCGAACCUCUUGAGAAGACAAGGAAUGAGAGGUUAGAGAAGAUUAUACUGGCCUCAGACUUCAGUGACCUUAGAGGAACUCCAGAAAUGGUUACUCGACUGCAGGAGCGUAUUCGCCAACUGGAGGAUAUCAAAGCACACUUCCAAAUCCACUCGAAGUACUUAGAUAAGCAAGGAUGGCAGGAUAGACUACUCCUGGAGCGUGAUCUCGCAGCGUGCGAGGACGAGCUGUUCUUCGUGAUGAAAGCCAUCACUACCUCGCAGCGAAAGUACGAUAAUGCUUCCCAAAGUAAUGCUUUGCUGAGAUGGACUAUUUCAGCCAAGGAAAUCGUUUGGCAUCUCAUCCGUGACAACAAUGAGCCCCUCGUCGAACUGCAGCUAAGAGACGUCGAGUAUGACCGAACUGACAACUCGGACGGAUCGCAUAUAAAUUUGAUGCAAGUGGGCAAGGUAUUAGGCUUGAAUCUUAUGCCAGAUGCAAUCUACCCGGAAAUGAUCGCUCCCUACUUUGAGGACGAGAAGGCAGCCAUGGCCGGUCUAGAUGGCAAGCAGAUGGUUCGUGUCUACUGGCACAUGUUGGAGGCUAUAGCAGGUAUCCCCGUGAUGGACCAUUUCGAGGUCAACCUAUUUCCCAUGAGAAUCCAGCUUGAACAUGAAGUUGGAAAGAAACUCUUUGAAUACAUAUUCCCUGGAAUGGACGAAGACAAAGCCGAUGAGCACUCUGACUCGCCAUUUAUUUUGAGAUCUACCUUCCCUGGCGAGACGGAGGAAGACGAUGCGCCCGACGAGACCAUGUCUAGCUCCAGUAGGCUUGGUUCUGCGACGUCUGACAAGGAUCCUUCAUUUUCUACGCGGGCUGGGUCAUUGGAACUCCGCCUUCGCCCUACUCUGACCUUGGAUUCGCGCCAGCCUGAAGACAGUGAUCAGAAACCCAAGGCCAUAAGCGUCCAUUCGGGUGAUGGUAAUAGCGUGUUCCGGCUCUUUGGCUCUAAAACGGUCACUAAGAAGCCGUCCUACGAAUCUAUUCAGUCGGGUAACGCUUCGCAAAAGACGGGAAUUGGACGAGCGGCGACCAUGGGCACAGGCACAGGCAACACCACCGAAAACAAGAAGGGUGGACGGUUCGGUCUCUCCCGGAAAACUGGUAAUGCAGAUGACAAGCCUUCGGACGACUUGACAAAGAUGAUCGCACGUGCCUCCAACUACGUAACGUUUGCGUAUAUCAAGCUGCCAUCGGUUGUACUCUGCCUUAGCUACAAGGGCAAAGGCGACCGAAAUAUCGAAGAUGUGCACGACUUCGUCUUCCGACUGCCAACUAUCGAAUACCGUAAUAAGACGUGGUCCAAUCUUGAUCUGGCCCUGGCGUUCAAAUCCCGCGUGAUCAAGGCGCUUAUCUCUCACACAGGUGCUAUUAUUGGCAAUAAGUUCAGCAAGCAUCGACCUACUACGGCACAGCAAAACAAGCUGCGUGAGCUAGCAACCAGUAGCGUUCUCCUUGCAACGCCAAGCAUAUACAAUAGUGGCGACAAUAGUGACGAUUCGGCAAGCUUAUACGGAACGAGCCCUGUUGAUUACUCGCGAUCACCGCCGAGGAGCAUAAGAAGCGCACAUUCAAACAUGCCAGUGCCGCAGCGACCAUCUAGUAGGAGCUCUAGUCUAGCCUCGUCCCACUCGUACAAUCAUGCACCUAGUAAUGGCGCGGAAAACAGAAGCAUGCCACCUGUGCCUUCUUUCGUCAAGAUGACACCUCCAACACCCAUAGACCGUACGCAUAGUGGUCUAGGAUUUGACAUACCUCGACCAAAAACCAGCGCGAGUAUAAGCGCAGAAAGUUCUUCAAGUCCGUUCCGACCAACCACUAGCAGCGGUGUUACUAUUACUAGCGGCUUCACUAUGAUUGAAAAUAGAGGAAGGCGGAAGUCGACGGGUCCGGGCUUCAUUAAAGGGAAACUCAACGCGUUGACGAGCCGACUUAAUAGAGAUCGAGACAACAGCGACGCUAGGAAUGACCACGACGAUGAGCAAGAAGACGAUGAAGAUAGAUGGAUAGGAUAG